GCUCUCUCCUUUGCUGAAUCUUAUUGAUCCAGAAGGUGGCUAAUUAGCCCUUCCCGUCGUGCCUGUGUAAUGAAGCACAUGCGCACUGAAUUAAUCACAGCCAUUUUUUGCAGGAAACUAAUUAGCAGGAAUAAAGAUCCAAAGAGUUUUUUUCUUUUCAAUCAUCAGAUCUCACUUUCACCUCUUCCUCUCUCCCUCUAACACAAGACACAUCGCCUGCUUAGCAUCCAAAUUAUUUUUAUAUACCCUUUAGAACUAAUACUUCGUUUUUUACACUCCGCAACAACAAUGAUCUUUCUUUUGCCAUCCUAAAUGCAAACUGACCAAAAGGGACUGCCUUGAUGGGAUCUUUAGCCAAACCGUUUCUAUUCUGGAUUAAAAAGCGAGGAUCACAAAGCGGCUGCAAAAAAAUUGCCUGGAUGCGAUGAACGCCUCACGUAGGCAUCAGCAUGGAAAGCUGUGAGUCUCCCGUGAUUUCUGGGACAGACGAUGGGCUCACCGCCACCACCUCUCAGCAGGAGCAGCGGCCUCCCCAACCCUGGAACAAUCUCUCUAACUCUCAAGUCUCUCCCAGUGGCCAUCCCCUAUCCCUGGAGCCCCUGUCCCUGUCUGCAUCCUUCCCCCCCCAGCUCCAGGCUCCCGGUGCCCCUCCACAGGGGGUGAGGCAGCAAAAGCAGCAGCAGACGUGUAACUCGCCCUCACCCCCCGGUGACAGUUUGGCGGGAGGGCAGCAGUCGAGAAGGAAGGGGUUACACGAGGAGGAAGAGGAGGAGGAAGAGGAAGGAGGCAGCUGCCUGGAGGAGGAGGACUUGGAGGACAUGGAGAUAGACAGCUGCUUCCCAAGUCUGCAGGCCUUCCCGGCCGUGGCCCUGCCUUCCGGGGGCGGGGCCAUGCCCACCCUCCUGCGGCAGCGCCGGGUGCGGCGGAGGGAUCCCGCCGACAGUGGCAGCGAGGAGGGAGAGGAGGACGAGGAGGAGGAGGAAGAGGAGAGCAGCGAUGUAGAGAACCUAGCUGGAGAGAUUGUGUACCAGCCCGACGGCUCGGCCUACAUCGUGGAGAGCCUCAGCCAGCUGAUCCAAAGUGGGGGGGGCGCGGUGCCAGGUCAGCUCCCCAUAAACUCGGCCCCCAGCGCGGGGAAGCCAGGCGAGCCGGCCUCCACGUCCCCCUCGGUCUACCCUCAAAUCAUCAACACGUUCCACAUAGCCUCGUCUUUUGGCAAGUGGUUCGGCGCCCCAGACCAAGGAUUCCCCAGUACCUCAACCCUGGCGGGCCUGAGCCCCGUCCUGCACAGUUUCCGCGUCUUCGACGUGCGGCACAAAAGCAACAAGGAUUACCUGAACAGCGACGGUUCGGCCAAGAAGUCCUGCGUGUCCAAAGAUGUUCCCAACAACGUGGAUUUCUCCAAAUUCGACGGGCUGGCCCUGUACGGCAAAGGGAAGCCCAUCCUCAUGUGUUUCCUCUGCAAGCUGUCCUUCGGCUACACACGCUCCUUCGCCACGCACGCUGUGCACGACCACCGCAUGACGCUCAACGAGGACGAGCGGCAGCUCCUGGGCCACAAGCACACCUCGGCCAUCAUCCAGGGCAUCGGGAAGGACAAGGAGCCCCUCAUCAGCUUCCUGGAACCAAAAAAUAAGAGCUCCCCCACACCACCCACGCUACUGCCCAUCGCUUCUGGACAGAGUUUCUAUGGCACGUUCAGCGGGGUCCACUUAGAUACCGGGAGCAGCAACGGUGGUGGUGGGGCUCGGGGGGGAGAGGCUCUUCUCAAGGACUCGGAUUCAGGCCUCCAGCAAAGCCUACCGGGCUCCCUCCUGAAGCUGGGGGGGCUGGGCAGCCCUAAGCCGCCCCCGCUUACCUCAGCCCCAGGUCCUGCCAAAGACCCCAGCAGCCCGGCCCAGCUUGCAGGGAGAGCAGAGGGGCUCGCUGGGAAAGAGGGGACUUGUGCAGGGGAGGAGGCGCAGGGGGAGGUGGGCGAGGGCCCAGCGCUCCUGCUGAGAGGGGAUGUGGGCUCGGAGGAGGAGGAUCUGUUGCUGGAGGAGGAUGAGGAAGAGGAGGAUGACGAAGAGGGACCGGCGAUGGCCUGCGGCGGUGGUUGCGGUAGUGGCGCGGAAGUGGGGGAACUGGCUGUCUCAAACCAAAGCAUUUCCAAAUCUCCUUUAUUAAUGCCUAGUAGCGCCCCCCAGCCUUCUCCCUGCCCCUCUGCGGCCAGCCCCACAGCCAGCAGCAAGACCCCCACCUCCUCUUCAGCCCGGCCGUCGGACAAGGGGCCAGCCACAGACUGUAGGGGGAGGACCUCGGCGCCCCCCCUGAGCUUUAACUGCCAGGGCCCUGGUGUGGCCCCGGCGACGGCAGCAGCCACGCACGACGGGGCGUCCUGUCCGUCAGCCGACGCCAUGGCUGCCGCCUCCUCUCCUCCAGCCCCCCAUGUCAGCGCGGACGAAAGUGCCAAUGAAGACAGUGCCACAGCUCCUGAACCAAAUGACAGCCCGGCUGAGGGGGAGGAGGACGGUGGGGCUCUGCUGCACCAUCACCACCUCCACCACCACCAUCACCACCACCUGCACCCCUCCCCCCAUGCUCACGGCCACUCGCACCCCCAUGCCGGCACGCCCUGUGACCUGAUCGGCUUGGGCGAGUGCCCUCAGAACCACGGUGUGGGGGCCGGCGGGGGCAGCGGUGUGGAAUGCCCAAAGUGCGACACUGUUCUGGGCUCCUCGCGCUCCCUGGGAGGUCACAUGACCAUGAUGCACUCGCGCAACUCCUGCAAGACGCUCAAGUGUCCCAAGUGCAACUGGCACUACAAGUACCAGCAGACGCUGGAGGCACACAUGAAGGAGAAGCACCCGGACUCGGGGGGCUCCUGCAUGUACUGCAGCAGCGGCCAGAGCCAUCCCCGGCUGGCGCGGGGCGAGAGCUAUACCUGCGGUUACAAGCCCUUCCGCUGUGAGGUCUGCAACUACUCCACCACCACCAAGGGUAACCUGAGCAUCCACAUGCAGUCGGACAAGCACCUCAACAACAUGCAGACACUGCAGAACGGCGGCUCAGUCACCUCCUCCGGUGAGCAGGUGUUUGGCCAUGCCCCCGGGGGUGUGGUCCCGGUGCCCUCUGCCUCCCAGGCUGCCGCCCACCACCCCGCCCACCACCACCACCACACCACCCAGUCAGCAGGGCACGUGGGUGGGGCCUGCAGCGCGCCCUCCCCCACCAAGCCAAAAAGCAAGCCUACGUGGCGGUGCGAGGUGUGCGACUACGAAACCAAUGUGGCGCGCAACUUGCGCAUCCACAUGACCAGCGAGAAGCACAUGCACAACAUGAUGCUGUUGCAGCAGAAUGUGGCACAGAUGCAGCAUGGCCGCCUGGGCCUGGGGGGGCUGCCCUCGCCCUCCGAGGCUGAGCUCUACCAGUACUACCUGUCCCAGAACAUGAACCUCCCCCCUGGCCUCAAGAUGGACCCAUCCUCGGCUGCCGAUGCGCAGUUCUUGCUUGGCGGCUUCCAUCUGGACCCCAAUGUAGCUGCACUGGCGCCUGCGCUUGUAGGCGGAGAAAUGCCCAUGGAUGUGAGACUGGGCGGUGGUCAGCUGGUAUCCGAAGAGCUGAUGACCCUGGGGGAGAGCCUGUCGCAGACCAGCGACCCCUCCCUCAAGCUCUUCCAGUGCGCUGUGUGCAACCGCUUCACCACGGACAACCUGGACGUGCUGGGCCUGCACAUGGGCGCUGAACGCUCGCUGCCCGAGGAGGAGUGGCGUGCCACAGUGGGCGACUCGCACCAGUGCAAGCUGUGCCGCUACACCACGCAGCUGAAGGCCAACUUCCAGCUGCACUGCAAGACCGACAAGCAUGUGCAGAAGUACCAGCUGGUGGCGCACAUCAAGGAGGGCGGCAAGGGGAACGAGUGGCGCCUCAAGUGCGUCGCCAUCGGCAACCCCGUGCACCUCAAGUGCAACGCCUGCGACUACUACACCAACAGCCUGGAGAAGCUGCGGUUGCACACCAUCAACUCGAGGCACGAGGCCAGCCUCAAGCUGUACAAGCACCUGCAGCAGCACGAGAGCGUCGUGGAGGGCGAAGCCGCCUAUUACCACUGCACGCUGUGCAGCUACUCCACCAGGGCAAAGCUGAACCUCAUCCAGCAUGUCCGCUCCAUGAAGCACCAGCGCUGCGAGAAUCUGCGCAAGCUGCAGCGGCUGCAGAAGGGCCUGCCCGAGGAAGAGGAGGAGCUCGGCGCCAUAUUUACCAUCCGCAAGUGCCCCUCUGCUGACACCGGAGAGCUGAGUGAGGAUGUGGAGGCUGCUGGUGAGACCGCCACAGAUCAGGAGGACCAAACCAAAGACAGAGAGAGUGGGGGGGAGAAGGAGCUCACCAAAGGGACAGCAGCAUCCAGCCAGGCGGAAAGAGACCAGACAGAUUCCCCGAUCCCCUCCAAACGCCCUUUGUCAAGGUCGGGGACGGCAGAGAGCCCCCUCUCCUCCAAGCGUCCAAAGACGACAGACAAGUGUGCUGGAGAUCAGGUGUACCAGUGUCCCUACUGCAAGUACAGCAGCGGGGACCUGAACCGCAUGAGGAUGCACGUGAUGACGCAGCACUCGGUCCAGCCCAUGUUCCGCUGCCCGCUGUGCCAGGACAUGCUCAACAGCAAGGUCCACCUGCAGCUGCACCUGACGCACCUACACAGCGUAGCCCCCGACUGCGUGGACAAGCUCAUCUCCACCGUGACGGCAUCUGAAGUGCUGCCUGCGAGUUUGUUCAUGCCGGUUCCAGGGCUGGAAAAGGAGGGCCCAAACGCAUCGCUGACUGCAGGCAGCUCCAGCCCAGAUGACGCAAAGAAGCAGACAGAAACCUUGGACCUCCACACUGAAAGUGGGGGCCCACCACCUGCAGAAAUGAACGAGUCUCGCAAGUCGCCCUUGGAUGAGCAGCAGUCAAUGAAGGAGGAUGUUGGUGGCUUCCUGUGCUGGAAGAAGGGCUGCAACCAGGUUUUUUCUUCUUCAAGCGCCCUUCAACUACAUUUCAACGAGGUCCACAACAAGAGGCCGCAGCUGCCUGUCUCCGACCGGCACGUCUACAAGUACCGCUGCAACCAGUGUAGCUUAGCCUUCAAGACCAUAGAGAAGUUGCAGCUGCAUUCACAGUAUCACGUCAUCAGGGCGGCCACCAUGUGCUGCCUCUGCCAGCGCAACUUCAGAACCCUGCAGGCUCUGAAGAAGCACCUGGAGACCAGUCACCUGGAGCUGAGUGAAGCUGACAUCCAGCAGUUAUAUGGGGGCCUGCUGAUGAACGGAGACCUCAUGGUCAUAGGUGAUGCAUCUCUUGGAGAGGACCAGGGAGCACUUGGAGAAGAUGACAAGGAAGGAGAGGAGAGUGACCCCGAAGAAAAGCAAAGCCCAACUGGUAGUGACUCUGGUUCACUCCAGGAGGAUUCUGGGUCAGAACCUAAGCGUGCACUUCCCUUCAGGAAAGGCCCCAACUUUACUAUGGAGAAGUUCCUGGAUCCGUCUCGACCUUUCAAAUGCACUGUGUGCAAAGAGUCUUUUACCCAGAAGAACAUCCUCCUGGUCCACUACAACUCAGUAUCACACUUACACAAAGUUAAACGGGCCCUACAAGAGACCACUACGGGUCAGCCGGAGCCCACUAGCAGCCCAGACAACAAACCCUUCAAGUGUAGCACUUGCAAUGUGGCAUACAGCCAAAGCUCUACACUGGAGAUUCACAUGCGUUCCGUCCUUCAUCAAACUAAAGCUCGUGCAGCUAAGCUGGAAGCAGCAGGGGGUACCAGUGGCUCUAUGAAUGCAGUUAGCGCUGGAGGUGGAGGGUCCUCCGUAAGGACAUCCACGCCCAGUCCUUGCCCUGCCAAUUCCUCUGCAGCAAUGAAUAAUAGUAGUUCAUCUUCUACUGUUCAGAAUGUGCCAAACAUCCAGGGAGGAGGUGCACAUGCAAACCAGUCUACGGGCUUUGAAUCUCUUACAAAUUCCUCAGCAACAUGUCAUCCAUCCCCUUCUGAGAACCAUGAUACAAAGAAGAAGAAAUUUGCAGACAUGAUUUCUUCAAGGGGGCAGCAGCUGCAGCAGCAGCAGUUAGCCCAGGCCCAAGCACAGGCCCAGGCCCAACUACAGCAGGAGAUCCAGCAACAAGCGGCUCUUAUUCAGUCCCAGCUUUUCAACCCAGCACUCCUUCAGCACUUUCCUAUGGCAACUGAGGCUCUUCUUCCACUGCAGCAUCAACAGCUACUCUUCCCAUUCUACAUCCCUGGGGCUGAGUUUCAGCUGAACCAUGAAUCUAACCUCAGUGGCACCGCACUUGGUAUGGCCAGCUCUUCCACCUCCUCCUUGCUGGAGGACCUGAAGAACUCUGCCCAGCAGAGCCAGGCCCAAAGCUGCCUGCAGCAGCAGCUGAUGCACCACCACCUCCAACAGCAGCACCAACAGCAAGCCCACUCACAAGCUCAAGGGCAAAUGUCUUUGCUUCAGCAAACUGCGUCUCUUCUGCACCAGGCUGAUAAAAAGACAAAACAACAUAGUGAGAAGGACAGAGACGGGCAGAGGGAGAAGGAGGUACAUGAGAGAACAGAAGAUCACAUCUCUAAGGACUGCUUGGAUAGUAUGAAAACUAAAGACAAGAAGGAUCAACAGCAACAUAUUAUGAGUGGAAACCAUGAUCCAUCCUUCCCUCCACCUAGAAUUGCUUCGGAUGCUCGUGGAAAUGCCACAAAGGCCCUUUUGGAAAACUUUGGUUUUGAGCUAGUGAUCCAAUAUAAUGAGAACAAGCAGAAAGCACAAAAGAAGUCAUUGAUGGCUGGACCAACAGAGUUAAGUGGUCCAGGCAAUAUCAGCAGGGUGGUAGAUCCCUUGGAGGGACUUGAAAAGUUAGAAUGUGAAGCUUGUGGCAAGCUCUUCUCAAACAUAUUGAUACUAAAGAGUCACCAAGAGCAUAUCCAUCAAGCCUUCUUCCCAUUUCGUUUCUUAGAAAGAUUUGCUAAGGAAUAUAGGGAACAGUAUGAUAAACUAUAUCCUCUGAGGCCACAGACGCCAGAAGCAGCACCUCAACCACCUCCUCCACCGCCUCCACCCCCACCUCAGCGAGCUCCAACACCAAACAUUCCUGCCUCCACACCUUCACUCACACCGCCCAGUGUUCCUGCCGCACAGCCCUCAGUUCCCAUGACUCCGAUUCCCAUGCCGAUGGAUCUUCCACUCUUUUCUCCCCUCAUGAUGCAGCCUGUGCCUCUCCAGUCUUUGCCUCCACAAAUCCCUGCUCAGUUGCCCUCUGUGGAGCCAAGCCUAGCUACUGAUUUAGCUCAGCUGUACCAGCAGCAGCUCACACCAGCUAUGUUGCAACAGCAGCAGAACAAAAGACCAAGAACACGCAUCACAGAUGACCAACUUAGAGUCCUACGGCAGUACUUUGAUAUCAACAACUCUCCAAAUGAGGAGCAGAUCAAAGAAAUGGCUGACAAAUCUGGCUUACCCCAAAAAGUCAUCAAGCACUGGUUCCGGAACACCCUCUUUAAAGAGCGGCAGAGGAACAAGGAUUCUCCCUACAACUUUAACAACCCCCCCACAACCACUUUAGAGGACACCAAAAUUGAUUCAAAACCACCAUCUCCAGAGUCCCAGAAACAAGAGUGUUAUGGAAGCAAGAGGUCCUCAAGAACAAGGUUCACUGAUUACCAGCUAAGGGUAUUGCAAGAUUUCUUCGAUGCAAAUGCAUACCCUAAAGAUGAUGAAUUUGAGCAGCUCUCAAACCUGCUUAAUCUACCCACACGAGUCAUUGUUGUGUGGUUCCAAAAUGCCCGACAGAAAGCCAGAAAGAACUAUGAGAACCAGGGAGAUGGAGGUAAGGAAGGUGAGCGAAGGGAGUUAUCUAAUGAUCGUUAUAUCCGUACCACUAACCUAAAUUAUCAAUGCAAGAAGUGUAGCUUGGUCUUUCAGCGGAUCUUUGACUUAAUUAAGCAUCAGAAGAAACUGUGCUACAAAGAUGAAGAUGAGGAAGGGCAGUAUGACAGCCAGAAUGAAGAUUCGCUGGAUCUCUCUCAUGAAUACUAUACUCCAUCUGGAUCAUCCUGUCACACCCCAAUGCCAUCCUCAUCCAGCCUCUGCCCACUACCAACAUCCACUUCCGCUUUCUCCCACAUGACAUCCUCUGAAAAGGAAGAGGCCUCACCUGCUAAUGCAUCAAACUCUUUUGAUGAGAAGCCAAAACAAAUGAAUGAAGCAUCCCCUGAAUCUCAAGAGAACCAGGUAUCUGUUAAGCAGGAACAGCCACAACCUGAAGUACAGCCCCAGCGGCCUCCGCGGGAUGAGAAAGCCCAAGCUACCCCAAAGACUUCCAAGUUCUCUCCCUCACCCUCCCAGCAGCAGCAGCAGCAUUGUGGUCCUUCUGUGUCCCAAGCUAGCCCUGCUCCUUUACAUAUGACCCUCAAUCCUCUUCUGACCCCUUCCUCACAACAGCAGCAGCAGCAGCAGCUAGCUCAACAGAUGAUUCCCUACCAGUGCGAUCAAUGCAAGCUAAGUUUCCCAUCCUUUGAACACUGGCAGGAGCACCAGCAGCUUCACUUUCUCACUGUGCAAAACCAGUUCAUCCAUCCCCAGUUCUUGGAACGCCCCAUGGACAUGUCCUUCAUGUUGUUUGAUCCUAGCAAUCCUCUGCUCACAAGCCAACUACUUUCAGGAGCCAUGCCUCAGAUACCAACCAGUUCUGCCACAUCUCCCUCAGCACCCACAUCUACAAUGAAUUCCUUAAAGAGGAAGCUAGAAGAAAAAGCCAGCACCAGUCCAGGAGAAAAUGAUAGCACUAACAGUGGGGAGGAGCCACAACGGGACAAACGGCUCAGAACUACUAUUACCCCAGAGCAACUUGAGAUUCUAUAUCAGAAGUAUUUAUUAGACUCCAACCCAACUCGCAAGAUGCUUGACCACAUUGCCCAUGAGGUGGGCUUGAAGAAAAGAGUUGUGCAGGUGUGGUUUCAGAACACUAGGGCUAGGGAGAGGAAAGGGCAGUUCCGUGCUGUGGGCCCUGCCCAAGCUCACCGUCGCUGUCCUUUUUGUCGAGCUCUCUUCAAGGCAAAGACUGCCCUCGAGGCUCACAUUCGAUCACGCCACUGGCAUGAAGCUAAGCGUGCAGGCUAUAAUCUGACUUUUUCCAGCAUGCUCUCUGACCAAGAGGGAAUGCAGUUGAAGAUGGACCCUCUUGAUAUUUCCAGCUAUUCACAGCUCACUUCUUCAAAUGCUGAUGGACAGUGCUCUUCUCUGUCCCCAGUGAGCAAAAGCAUGGACUUUUCUCCCCGAGCCCUGCUGAGUCCUACUUCCAUUAAAGUGGAAGGAAUGGAGGACUUUGAAAGCCCAAACAUGUCCUCUGUCAAUCUGAAUUUUGACCCGAACAAACUGGACAAUGAUGACUGUUCCUCAGUGAACACAGCCAUAACAGACACCACUACUGGUGAUGAGGCCAAUGUGGAUAAUGACAGUGCAGACACAAAACAUGGCCACAAUAGCGGAGACUUUAAGUCAGGGGGCACAGUUCCCUCAGUUGAGAAUGACGACCAGAUGUCCUCAGGGCUGGUGAGCCCUGCAACAAGUUACAUCGCUAAGGACUUUGAAAAUGAAACUAUGGUAGACUACAGUGAGAACUCUAGUCUCGCGGACCCAUGUUCACCAAGUCCUGGAGCAUCUGGGAGCAGGAGCAUUGACAGUGGAGACCGCCCUGGACAAAAGCGCUUCCGUACCCAGAUGACAAAUCUCCAGCUAAAGGUACUUAAAUCUUGCUUUAAUGAUUACAGAACUCCUACUAUGCUAGAAUGUGAGGUACUUGGCAAUGACAUUGGACUACCUAAAAGAGUAGUCCAAGUAUGGUUCCAGAAUGCUCGUGCUAAGGAGAAAAAGGCAAAGUUGAGCAUGGCCAAACAUUUUGGCAUCAACCAGACAUCUUACGAGGGACCCAAAACGGAGUGCACUUUGUGUGGUAUCAAGUACAGCGCCCGGAUUUCGGUGCGAGACCAUAUCUUCUCUCAGCAGCACAUCUCCAAAGUGAAGGACACUAUUGGGAGCCAACUAGACAAGGAGAAGGAGUACUUUGACCCUGCCACUGUCCGUCAGCUGAUGGCCCAGCAGGAAAUGGACCGUAUCAAGAAAGCCAAUGAGGUUCUGGGAAUGGCACAGCAGCAAGCCAUGCAGCAGCAGGGAUUGUUUGACGGCCCUGCCCUGCAGGCUCUGAACCUUUCUUCAGCCUACCCCACUCUGCAAGCAAUCCCCUCUGUUCUCCUGCCAGGGGUUGGGAGUCCAUCCCUACCAGGUUUUGCUGCCUCAAAUACAGCUUUAACGCCUCCAAAACCUACGAACCUCCUGAACAUGCCCGGUGCCAGUGCUCCCUCCCCAAGUCUCCCCACUUCUGGAUUAUCCAACAAGGCCCCUUCCUCCCUGGCUUCGCCCAGCCCCACCCAGGCCAGUACAUCCACUUCCCAUUCCACGCCAACCUCCAUAUCCACCUCCACCGCCAUAACCACGCAGCUCAGCUCCCGGCCCGAACCCCCCAAAGAACGUGAGGCUGAGAGGUCCAGAGAGAAGGAGAAGGCUAAGGAGAAGUUGGAGAAGCAUCCCAAUCCCUCGCUGACAGGGAGUACACCGGCACCCUCCACAUCUGCUGCCAGUGCUAAAAAGGACAAGCCAGAUCCUUCUGUUCCUGCCACCUCCAUGCCAACGCCUGGCAUGGAGUAUGUAGUGGAUCCAGCACAGCUUCAGGCCUUGCAGGCUGCCCUAGCUUCAGACCCCACAGCUCUGCUAACCAGUCAGUUCCUUCCCUACUUCAUGCCUGGCUUCUCACCUUACUAUGCCCCGCAGAUACCCGGGGCUCUCCAGGGUGGCUACUUGCAGCCCAUGUAUGGCAUGGAGAGCCUGUUGCCGUACAACCCGGCUUUGUCCCAAGCUCUAAUGGGGCUGUCCCAAGGAUCCCUGCUCCAGCACUACCAGCAAUAUCAGCAGAGCCUCCAGGAGGCACUCCAUCAGCAGCAGCGGCAGUUUCAGCAGCAGCAGCAGAAGCAGCAGCAGCAGCUCCAGCAACCCAAAGCAAGCCAAACCCCAGCUCAAACCCAGCCCUUUGGAACCCCAGAUCGCAAAGACUCUGCCAAAGAUUCAACAAAAUCUGAAGAACAGAAAGGCGCUCCUUCCUGUGAGGCCUCAUCAUCAUCGUCAUCCUCUUCUUCAUCCCAUAAAAACCCCUCCUCCGAGCAGCACGAGAUGGAUCGCAAAAGUGCAGACCCCCCCGUUGACCAGUACAUCGUCCCUAAGGUGCAGUACUCGCUGGCAUGCCGCAAGUGUCAAGCAGUCUUUAGCAAGGAAGAGGCAGCCAUCAGCCACUUAAAAUCCAUCUGCUUUUUUGGUCAGUCUGUGGCAAACCUGCAAGAGAUGUUGCUUCGGGUCCCCAGCGGUGGGAGUGCAGGGGAGGGCAGCCUCUACGACUGCCUGGCGUGUGACAGCACGCUGGAUGGGGACCGAGCGCUCAGUCAACACCUGGAUUCGGCCUUGCACAAACACAGAACAAUCAAGCGAUCAGCCCGAAAUGCCAAAGAGCACGCAACUAAUCUAUUACCUCACUCUUCAGCCUGCUUCCCCGAUCCUGACACCGCAUCUACCUCGCAGUCUGCCACUCAUCCCAACAGCAGCCCCCCGCCCCCGCCCCCGCCGACAUCAUCAGCUGCCACGCCGUCCUCCUCCGUCUCUUCAUCCUCGUGCUCCUCCUCUUCCUCCUUCACUGCCGCCUCUCCGCGUACUACAGCCGCUGGCAAAACCUGGCCCCAGGUCCCUUUCUCCAGAGCUUUAGCUGGGAAGCCCAACGCCACUUCCACUAUAGCUACCACGUCUUUUGCUCCAGUGUCCUCACCUUCAACGGUUACCUCAAGUUCAUUGAGCACCUCAGGGGUUCAGACCUCGAUACCAACAGACGUCUUUACCGACGAGUCUGACUCUGACAAUAGUCAGAAGUCCGCGGACAGACUGGGCCUCCCGGCUGAAGAGUCGCAGCACCCCAGUUGUCACAAAGACAGUAGUAGUUGUAGUACUAAUCUCACUAGCGUAGGAGUGGACUCCAUCCGAUUGUAAAAGAGCUUUCGACGACGGACAAUAUUUAAAAAAACCACAAAAGACAAAAAAAAGAAGCGAUGUUAAAAAAUGUUUAAAGAUAUACAAACCAAUUUCAGAAAAAAAGAUGUGUAAAGACUAACUGCAAUUCCAAAGCUUGUAACCAAAAAUUAAAUGUUAGUUGAUUGUUUUCCCAUAUCAACAUGCUGGUUUUAGUUUAUUUCAGCUCCAGUAUAUAUAGUGUGACAUCAUUCUCUGCAGCUAAGUUUUGGAUGCUUUACAGCAAUGGACUGCCUCAAAUGUUGUUCUGAUGCUCCCCCCGGUCAUUGUUGAAAAAUGCAAACUUAUUUGUAUGAAUCGUCCCUACUUAAUAGCACAUAAACAAAAAGCCAGUAUGUACUGUAUGGGAGAAUAGUCUUACAUUUACAGUUUUUCUUGCUAUCUAAGCGUUCAAAUACCAAUGGCUUGCUAAAAUAAUGAAAAUAAUGUAAUGUCUAUUUUAUUCUCAGGUCAACAGGUCACAACCCCUUUUCUGUUACAGAAAUUUGUUUUAUACUUUGUUCAUUUCUAGCAGAAGAAAAAAAGGUUUUUUUCACUGUUGAUUUAACAGGCAGAAAGUAUUAAAAAGAGAGAAGAUAAUAUUAAGGCAUAGCUUUCUGGGGAUUCAAAAAGGGUAGUUGAUCUGCUGAUUUAAAAAAUUUAAAGUCCUUUUAAAGGGGGUAAUGAAUACUCUCGACUAUGCCCAGUCACAGAGAGCAUUGCAAACUCGCUGGGGAGGGGGGAUUUUUUUAAAAAGAAAAAAAACUUUCUGUAUUUAUGAUAGAUAUGAAAAAUUUUGGUGUUAAGUAGAUUGUUGCAUUGGAAAUGAAUUUAAACAGUAUGGUAGAUUUAAAAACAAUAAUCUUUGUGUACAUUUAGCUUUUGUAUUGUCCAACUUAAAGGCGCUUCAUUUGAUGUUGUCUUGGUCAUUCCGAUAGAUUAGAUUAAGGAGCAGCAACUCAUCUAUAUAUAUUUUCUGUCCUUUCCUCCGCUUCUUGACUUGUGUUCUCCCGACUGCCGCUGGCAGGUUUAUUUCCGAUGUUUCUUUCCCCCUUAUUUAUUUCUUGUUGUUUUUUUUUCUUUCAUAUUUGGUUGACACGAAAGUGACAAAUGGAAAAAAAAUGUUUUUUGAAACAUUGAAGAAAUAUGUAAUCACAUUUGUGUUACCUUUGUGCACUUAAGACGGUCUGGUUCCUCUCUCUCUGCCCCUUUGUGUUCCACGCUUCCGUCCUUAACAAUCCCCCUCAAUGCAUUUGUAGAUAUGGAGAAAGUUAUUGCUCCUUCACUACUACAAUGUGGACCCUUUGUUUUACAUGUAGUGUGGCUGCAGUCUCUUUUCUAAGUUUUAUUUUAUUUGUUUUUUUUUUCCUUUCUUUUUUCGUCGUAGAUGAAAAUGAAAAAAGAAUAAUAAUAAUAAUUCUCACGCUUUAAAACGAAAAAGGAAAUCCAAAGACGAAACACUCACCGUUGGUGCAUAAAGACGAGAAAAGAGGCUUCUUUAUACUUGAGAAUUUGUUGCUGUUUUUAAGGAUAAGAAAACAGUUUUAAAAUAAAGGAGUACACAUCAAAGUUGCCGUUUUUGCUUCCUUACAAGCAGACAGGUGACUUUAUAUGUAAAAUAACAAGAAUACCAAAAACCAAAAAGGACUUGCGUCCUUGCAUUGUGGAGUAGCACCAUGACGGAGCCAUUGUAGUUUGUAAGAUAAAGGUUAAAAAAGCUCUUUGUUUAACUUUUCUGUCACACACAAAAGUCAAUUUUUUUAAGGAAAUGUAUAAGGUCUGGUCUUUGAGGACAUAAGUUUUGCUGCUAAUGUAGUUUUUGAAAAAAAUACCUAGAUGCAUGCUCAUUUUGCUUUUUGGCUAAGCUUUAACAGAAACAAUAAACCAUUUUUUCCUGCCUCUGCUAUUUUUUUUCUUUGUGCAAAAACGGAACUUUGAAGACUGUGAAUAUAUGUUCCAAAGGACAGUUUGGCUGACUUAUUUUUUAAUUUUGUUUUGAACAGACCAAUGUCAAAAGCCAAUGAUCUAUAUUAUUUGUACAGAACAGUGCAUUCCAAAUACCACAUUGAAAGUUAUUUUCCCCUUUUUCAGAGCAAGGACUGAUUAUUUUAUUGAUUUUAAUUACAUUUUUAUUCUGUUUUCUUCACGUUGACUGUAAGCUGUUGUCUCAGUUUGAAAUUGUGGGUUGCAAAACAAAUGGACUCUUGGACUUCCUUCAUGAUAGUUCUGGUUGGGGGGGGUUCCCCCCCACCCGGACGGGAAAGGUCGUUGCUCACUUGAAAUCGUAAUAGUGGUCACCAAAACGUGUUUGUAACACCCAUUUUGUUCUGACUUUGUCUGUUUUCAUGAGUUGUUCGGUGUCACCGCGACUUCGUUUCCUCCACGCUGAGAAAGCAGCGAGAGGCUAUAGGGCAGUUGGAUCUGGAGCUGCAGUCUCCUGUCACGCAAAGAGGUGAACGGGCGCGAUCCGCGUAUCGCGGGGGAAACACGCGCCCGCACACGCUGUCGUCCAGGAGUGUCGUCAUUCCUGACAUCAAAAAAUAGGGGAAAUUGGAAGAUUUUCCUCUAAGAAUAAAUAGAGCUAUUUCCUAUGCCUUUGUAUCCAAAGAGGUUGCUUGCUCCUCCCGUUUACAGUUACAGUACUCUCAUCGUUUAUAACGCCCCCCCCACACCACUAAAUAAAAAUAUAAAUGAAAACAAAUCUCUAACACCAAAGCGAAGGUGUGUUUAAUUCGCCGAGACUGCUUUUUUUGACCCCCCCAUGUAUAGCUUUUUGCUAAGGUAAAAUGUUGCAGCCCGUUGGAAGGUGUGUUUGAAAGUGUUACGUCAAGCUGAGCGAUGCAAUUCGGUGUUACUUCCUGCAACCAUGGAUAUCACACUGGUCUGAUCUGUAGAGAUUUCCACUUAAAUCAGUUUCUUUACGAUAUUGUUGAUACACUUAUUUUUUUAUUAAUUCUGAUGCUGUACAGUUUACUCUGAAUGCUAUUGCUUUAUUUUGGUUUCCAGGUAAUGUCAAAUAAUGACAUUAUUUUCAUAUAGCUUUGUAUGUUAUUUCGGUUUCUGUAUAUUAUUUUCCCAUAUAAAUUAACAUUUAACACUAGCUUCUAUUUUUUUUUUUUUUUUACCUUUAUGUUAUGACCUGGCCACUUUAUGGUGUAAUAUUGUUCCUGUAUUUGUUUUUUCAACACUGUUCCAUUCAUAUUUUUAAAGUGUAUUUUGUUUGGGCUCUUCAGAAGAAUAGCCAGUUCAAGAUUUUCAGAUUAUACUUGGUCAGCAUGGACAUGUGUGUGUGUGUGUGUGUCUGUGUGUGUGUGUCUGUGUCUGUGUGUGUGCGCGUUUAAGAGCCAGCAUUUGUUUUUUAUUCUAUUUUAUUAUAAUUAUUUUAUUUCAUACUAUUUCAAGCACCAGAAGUACUGAACUGCAGAGCUGGAUUAAAAAAACAGCAGGAUAGUGUUUGCUAAGAUAUUAAAGGCAUACAGUAGGUUGUCAUACUAUGGAAGAUAGUGACUACAAAGCACUGAGUAUUUUCUGUUCUAAUUAAGUGUAUGAAUGUGGCCAAAAGCUUAUGCAGUUGUUAGCAAAACAGAAGCCUAAAGCCGUUUCCCUUCGCAUCUAAUUGUGACAGAACUACAGAAAGGCAUUGGAAAUGGGGGAAGCAUCAGCGCUUAUUGACAUACUUGAGUCUGACGGACAUCUUUACAAAGGAAGAAAAACAAGGUAUUGCAGUAGAGGUCAUCUUUCUGCCCACUGUGAAAAUAAACGUAUAUACAGAUAUAUAUUAAAAAAAGACAUCUUUUUUGUUUAUAAGAAAAUAAAAGGAAUUUGGACUUUCUGCCAAACGGGAAGGCUAUCUCGUGGUGUUGGGUACAGCGGAGAAGCCUUCAGCAGGUUAUGGCUGCCCUUUUGUCAAGCUCACUGCUGGGCGGAAGGCGAACUCCAUCAUGGGGGUGUGGACUAUGGAAAUGGAGAGAGAUCUGAAAAAGCUGGACUCUAGUAGCUGGAGCCGGCCCUCCUCUCCCCCGUCCCACUCCCAUGCUGCGUCCACGCUCCAAACCAAACUGGAUGGGUGACGGAACAUUCACUGCUACUUCCCCAGUCUGUAACACUGCAGCCUGUUCUCCCUCCCCUGUUCCUUCUUUUGCCUGUCCCACUGAUUGACAGGCAGCACCGUCCAAUCACAUAGCAGCUGACUCUCUUCUCAUGGAGUCGACCAGUCUCUUUGCGGCGUAGAGACACGUCCUGGAAUAAGGGGGAGGGGUUUUCAUAGGCUGUCAUUCCAAAUGAAGCGGUUUCAAAAAAAAAAAAAAAAAAAAAACAAAAACAAACAAAGCAACACAACCAAAAUUAACAACCAAACUAGAAAAAAAAAACAACCAAACCAUUUUCUCUAAUUUCAGAGGUAAACUGUUACAUGGAUCCCCAGAUCCUCUUAUUUCUCCUGGUGCCACAAUAUUUUUUAAGGCAUUUUCUUCGGUUUAAUUUUUCUGUUUGGUUUCUUGAAUUUCACUCCUCUGUGGAGUGCCUCAUGGAUGGCUCUCUGGCUAUAGUCAGCCCACCUGAGGGUAGAAAAUACAGCCUUGCAAUGUACAAAAAAAAGAGCAAGUUAAACCAAAAAUGUUGUUCUUGAUGUCUUUUCUAUACUGUAGUCUUGUUAGCUUUUUUUUGUUACUGUAAUUAUAUGAUGAAGAUUUCCAAACUGUACCAAAUGACAUGGAGACUAACAUACAAAAACCACAUGGAACUUCAGACUUUUAAAGAGAAACCUUUUGUCACAAAACCUUGUUGUCCUAGUUAAGUUGAUUGUAGAUGGUAAUUGAAUAUAAUCCUUUGAAAAUAUUUCAUCAAGUAUGUUUCUUGCUCAUUGUGAUACAUUAAAAAAGUAUGAGCAAACCAGA